CACCGUUUGAAUCCACGCCACGAGGCUGGUGCCGUGGAUGAGACACCAAGACUGCGGCUCGUGUUUAGUUCCCCACACUUCGCCGGCAGAGUUCAGAUCAACGCUGCCCAGUGCCCACACCGCACCAUCUUAUAUCAUCGUGCGGGAGGCCUAUUUUCACCAUGGCAACUGUUCUCACGACCUCAAUACCCUGGCAUGAUGGCGAACGCGAUAUACAUCAGCUACUACGGGUCCCCGAUCAGGACAAUCCCACUGUGCCUUUCCUGAGCCCUGGCGCGGGUCUACUGAUGAAAAGGUCGCCGUUGCUCGCUAUCGGUGCUUUGGAUCGGGAUGGGAGGCCUUGGUGCUCACUCUGGGGUGGAGAGGAGGGCCUCGCAACCCCAACGUCUUCCUCUAGUUUCGACAUUAGGACACCUGUCGGGGAAGCUUAUGAUCCGGUGGUAGAAAGCUUAUUGCUUGAUUCCACCGCGAAGAGUGGGCGCCUGGUUUCGUUUCUAGCGGUUGAUCUAGAAAAUAGGAGGAGGGUAAAAUUGUUUGGUAGAAUCACCGCUGGAUCGCUGAACGUCGCAGAUGAAAGUAUUCGCGCAGCCAUUGCCCAACUUACCGUCCAUGUAGACGGUAGUCUCGGUAUGUGUUCUCGUCAAUUGAGAUCAAAGUAUCUUUUAAUGCGUCGACUAGGUAACUGUCCAAAAUAUUUAAAUGCGAAACAUAUCGUCCCCGCUCGACCUGAUCCAAAGUUGAUUUCGGAAACUGCUCAGUUGCACCCUGACGCCAUUAAGCUCCUAGACCGUGCAGAUUGCCUGUUCAUUUCGUCUUCGCACGAAACCCAGGAUAUGGACACCAACAUCCGUGGUGGGCCUGCCGGAUUUGUACGAGUUGCCUCCAACGAACCUGGUGGUGCUGUGCUCGUUUACCCAGAAUACUCUGGGAAUAGACUAUACCAAACUCUUGGGAAUAUACGGACGACUCCACGGGCAGGCUACGUCUUCCCGGACUUUGAAACAGGCAAUGCAUUAUUUAUCACAGGUAAAACAGAGAUUCUGGUUGGAAAGGAUGCGUCUUAUAUCCUUCCUCGCUCGAAUAUCGCCGUCAGAGUGACCGUCUCGGUGGCUCGCUUUGUAGAGAAAGCACUUUCGUUCCGAGGAUUCCCGGGGAAAAUGUCUCCAUACAACCCUAGCGUCAGAUAUCUGUCAACGGAGAAGGUGUCUGCUGCAGCUCUAGAAAAUCGUGAAUCAUCUGUUACAGCAACGAUGGUUGGGAAGGAGAUCAUCACGCCAUCCAUUGGCCGAUUUCGAUUCCGCAUAUCAGACCCCCAGAAAGCUGGAUCAUGGAAACCGGGGCAAUAUGCAACAUUUUCCUUCUAUGAUGAACUGGACAUGGGAUACAGCCAUAUGAUGGAUGAGGACCCAUUGAGCCUCAAUGACGAUUACGUCCGCACAUUCACAAUCUCCUCAUUUCCAGGCCACGGACUGCCCGGUGGAGAAUUCGAAAUAACUAUUCGAAAACAUGGAAAUGUGACCCGCUACCUGUUCCAGACGAGUGAUAGAGCUGGACUCGAAGUGCCUCUGACGGGUUUUGGGGGCGACUUCCGACUAACGGAACAAAGCAGUGGUGUGGUGCCUUUCAUAGCAGGAGGAAUUGGGAUCACACCCGUUCUCGCCCAGCUAUCGAUUAUUGAUAUUAGUGGACUUCGACUUUUUUGGUCCAUCUCGAUAAAGGACAUUGCUCUGGUGCUGGACACCUUCAAAAGAUUCCCAGAAUUACCUAGUUCAACGACCGUGUUCGUCACAGGGCUUGACUCUCAGGGUGAACAGAUCAGUGCUGAAAUGGAAGCAGUCGCUUCGUCCGGAGCACGAAUAGAACGCCGGAGGAUAGAGGCUCGAGACCUCGAUCUCUCACUAUCAGACACAUGGUAUUUCUGUGGCAGCCCUGCUCUGAAAGUGCCCGUGUUCAAUUGGCUUGCGGAUAAAAAAGUAGUAUAUGAAGAUUUCAAUUAUUGAGCAUUAUAUUAACAUUAAAAAAUAUUGUUAAAAAAACAUUUCAAUUGUCCGAUUUGUCUGAUAAAUGAUCUAGAAGAAAAAGCAA